AGCCCAUCUAUGCGGUCGUAGUACCGCGUAGUACCGAAUGCACAUGCAGUGACAUGCACCCAUUUGCUUGGCGAGCAGUUUUUGGCCGUAUCGACCUCCUUUUUAUAUGCCUGGAGGCGGGAGCCAUUAAUUAAGAAGAAGAAGCUUGGCGAGCAGGCUUCUGUUUGUCAACUUGAACGCACCCUGGGAGCGCAUGCUCGCAUUGCAGUAUUUCGCGGAUGUGAUAGAUUUCCUAACCCGAAUAGUUGUCAACGACUCGUUUAAUAUUGUUUAAUGUCACAGUUUGCGGGACAGAGUAGCAGAGUGAUGCUUUUCGCUACCACAUUCAUCCAUUUCGGAGAAAAACGCAUCGAAUGAGCAUAAUUUCAUCGAUUUUUGAGAUGACUAUACGUAACUAUACUGAAUAGUUACCCUGAAAAAGAAGGAGUGUUUAUUACAAUAAAUAGUAAAAUUUGGGACCAGUAUGGUACGCUGUAUUGUAAGAUCUUGCCCGAAUAGGACGGAUAAAUGCUGUAAGACUGAAGUGAGCUUCUUCGGUUUACCAAAAAGUCAUAUAAUUCGCGAAAGCUGGCUUCAGAAAAUCGGGAACGUUAGCUUUCAAGUACUUUCAAGAAUUAAAAAUGCAAAGAUAUGUUCAGCUCACUUCACUCAAGAGUCAUUCCAUGUAGGAAGGAAACAGAAGAUCGGAAAAUGUAUAAAUCCGAGACGACUCCUUUCACCAAAUGCAUUUCCUACAAAAAUGUUAUCUUCAACGGAAAAUAGAACUGAUCCUAUCAAUAUGAAUUUUAAAGUUAUUCGUAGAGAAUUCCUGCUUCCUGCUAACGCCCAUAGAAACACAGAUGAAGGAUCAACCAGUAAUGAGAUACUUCUCAGCACUUCUCGGAUCUUUGAUGCUGAUGGCUCGUCAACAACAUUGGAUAAUGAAUCGAAAUCAACCAAAAUAAACAGUUGUAUAGCACAAUGUGGAAUCGUUUCAGAUUCAUUACGUCUACAAAAUGCCAAUCCUGAUCCAAUCAGCGUAUCAGACACUGUUGAGAAUAUCGAAACACCUAAAAGUCAAAGAAUAUCGGGGGUGGAUAAAAAGAGAGUUUUUGAAAUACCACAAAGUAUAUUUGAUGCGUCCGACAAUGUAUGUCAUAACACAUUUCCAAGAAGAUCACAAAGAAUAAAGCAUUUGCGUAGUCGUGGCAGUAGUGUGAGCUCGGUUUAUGCAAAAAUGAAGAAACAACAGGUUAAAGCUUCUGGAUUAAAACAUUUAAAAAUGCCUUUGAAAAGAGUAUCGAGAGAAUACCACAGUGAGGAGAGCACUUCUUUAUGCAUUCGUAAACAACGAUUUAUGAAAAAUAGCAGUAACAUUACUGAUAGCAUUACUCAUAAAUCACAAAAUGAAAAGCCAUACACAUCAACGAAGUUGCCAAAAGCUGAAUUAGAACAUCAUCGAUCUCUCAAUGAGUUUCAUUUACAAUCCGGAUGUAAUUAUUUGGAUGAAAUGAAAGAAAUUGAAAAAGAGUAUCAAAAUUUACGAUUGCAAUUAGUACAAAAAAAUGAAGAUAUUCAAAAUUUAAUAAAAGAUAAAGAACGAAUGCAAUUAAUGAUUAAUGAUCUUCAGGCGAAACUGGUGGUAGCUGAUCUCGACAAGUGUAACUUAGAAAAGACAGCUUAGAACAAAAUAAUACAAAUAUUACAACGUUACUUCACAGAAGGACAAAUAAGAUGCAUCCUAGAAAAUCGAAAAUGGAUUCG